AUGGUAGUCCAGACAUUACUUUUACUGUACCUGCAAUUACUUCGCAUGUCGAAACCAUCUCAAGAAGAUCUUGGGCCUGAGGAUGUUGAGUUUUGGAAUCUCAUUGCAAAAGAGAAUAUUCAACGUAAAUUACAAAGAAAUCCACAUUUGCUCACAGCAAAGAGGCCAAAAAAUGUGAUUCUAUUUAUUGGUGACGGAAUGGGCAUCUCAACAGUGACCCUGGGGAGAAUCAAUAAGAACCAGAAGGCGGGCAAUAAAUACCUGAACAAACCACUGUAUUUCGAAACGUUUAGCGUAUCAGGACUAGUAAAAACGAGCUCUUUCUCCCAAUAUGUUACUGACUCGGCGGCAGGAGCAAUGGCACUUCUUAGUGGAAGAAAGGUGGAGUCAUUGAAAUUGGGCUUACUGCCAACUUCAACCGACAUUUGCACGAACUUUGAGGGCUCCCAUAUCACUGAUGGAAUUGCAGAAGAAGCUUUGAACUUAGGAAUGGAAGUCGGUUUCGUGACCACCACAAGAAUCACACAUGCGACUCCUGCUGCUCUCUACGCUAAGUUAUGUUCCUUUUUUCUAAGCAUGAAACGAACAUACACCUUCACUACAAAUGCUUACUGA